CCCAAUCAUGCGCCUCAGACGCACGGAAAGGCGUGCCUCUGAUUGCACUUAAAUUUAAGUGUGCAGCGGCGAAGGACGCACUUCGUCGUGGAUUUUACACACAACAAGAACCUCCGGAGCUCACGCAGCUGUUUAGUCGGAUCUGUUUUCACCCCGCUGACACCCACACAUCGACGUUUGUGCUGAUUUUGAACCUGUUUUUUUUCGGGCGGGAAUUGUGCCACAUUGGAGUUUUCCGGCGCGCGUCAGCGGACGGUCCGACAGUCAGCCCACACACGGCGAGUUCAGCCUCUCCCUGAACGCUUCUUCUUCAUGGCAUGACCAAGACAUAAACAGCCGGUGUGUGUAGCCUGUCUUUCUUUCUUUUUUUCUUGUUUUUUUUCAACAAAUCAACCGGUGUGUGGAGAGCCGGUUCCCAGGAGGCAGCGCGCACAGAACCGAUCCCUCUGAUGCGGAUGUGCCACACUUUGCCAGGUUGUUUUAUGGGUCAAACUGGAGCUUCUCUGUCGAAUGGAAGCAGUUUGAGGAGUUAAAAGUUUGAAUUGUUUGUUUCUUGAUCGACCCUUUCCCCUCGCGGUACCCAUGAUGACUGAGAACAACGAGAUGGAGACCGAGUCGCAGCUCCAGCGCUCUCCAAGCACCAUGUCCAUCCAGCCCGUGUCAUCCAAGCUGCAGAGGCUGAAGCGUUCGCUGUCCUUCAAGACGAUGAUGCGCAGUAAGAGCGUGGAGAACUUCUUCCAGAGGUCCUACAGCGAUGCCCGGCUGCCUCCAGACUUCAUCACCGACCCGCCGCCUCCGUCCCCCCCUCUGCUGCCUGGUUCUCCCGUCAUCGGAGAACGUUCUCCGUCCAUCUCGCCGUCCCUCAGCCCCAACCCGUCCAUCGCCUCCCACUCUCCGUCCCUCAGUCUGUCCCCGUCGCUGCCGUCCAAACCGGCCCGCCCUCAGGUCAACCACUGCUUCCAGGACCACGUGUUCAGGAAGCCCACCAACUGCCAGCACUGCAAGCACAUGAUAGUGGGAAACUCCAAACAAGCUCUGCGCUGUAAAACCUGCAAGAUGGCGGCUCACCUGUGGUGCACCUCUGAGCUGUCGCAGCAGCUGUGUCACGGGAAGUCCGGAGCGUUCAAGCGAAACUUCAGCUCGCCGAUGCUCGUCAACGAACAAUUGGCCGUCGUCAAGGAAGUCCAGCCGAUCCAAGAGGCGGUGCAGAGGCGGGUCGACCCGGUCUACGCCGCCCUGCGAUACGGGACGUCCUUGGCACAGAUGAGCCGCUCCAGUUUUGGCAGUUUGUCAGAAUCGCCGACCCGCAGCCUGGAGGAGGCGGGUGAGGAGAGGCCGCCGAGGCAGAGCAGCAUGGACGAGGAGAUAAGUCAGGAACCGGGAGACCUUCCUGCAGCCGAGACGGAGAUGGAAAAGGAGGAAAAGGAGGAAGAGGAGGCGGCAGAGCAAAGUCUUCCUCCUGCAGACGAGAACAGUGUGAAGGUCCCAAAGAGGAUUGAGGUCCACUCCAUCCACACCUACGUGGCGCUCUACAGGUUCCUGCCUCAGGAGCAGAACGACCUGGAACUACACCCCGGCGAUCGGGUUCAGGUCACCGAUGACUCCAAUGAAGAAUGGUGGAAGGGCAAAAGUGGAGACAGAGUCGGCUUCUUUCCAGCUAACUUUGUUCAGAGAGUCCGACCAGGAGAAAGAGUGUGGAGGGUGGUCCAGGGGGUUUCCGGUAGCCGAGGCCGAGGUCACAUGGCUGUCAGGGAAUCACAGAUCUGUGUGGGGAAACGGGAGGACGGUGAAGUAUUUCUGAAGCUGAGCAGCGGGAAGAAGAGAGGCCUGGUCCCCGCCGACUCCAUAGAGGAGAUCUGAGUGUUUGAUUUCAUCCUGGAGGAUGCAGGAAUCUUCAGAAAACCACCACCAAACAUCACCUUCCUGACAGCCACAGCUGCUCCAGAUGAUCAUACGAACCAGUCGGUUGUUUAAUAGAGUGUACAGUCCUGCUUUUUAGAGAGAGCUGGUCAGUUUUAUCUUUUCAGACUCGGUAAAUCGAUGUUUAGAUAGGGGGGGGAGAAGGUGAAAAUGCAUCACUGGAUCGAGUUUUUCCCCUUCAAAAAGACGUCUGGGAGGAGGCUGAAUCCUGCCAGCGUCCUUUUUCUUGUUUUCUACCCGUAUCGGCUCACUUUCAGGGCCUCUGCCUGGAGGACUGCUAUCAGCUUCAUUUGGACUCGCUGCACAACAAGAGGCUCUUUGCCAAGAACAAGCACUGCCGGCCGAGGAAAAGCUGAAAUCACAUGAAAGGCGUGGUCCGUGCCGUCUUUUUUUCCUGUGUAAAAUAAGCUUCUAAUUCUGGAGGAAACUUUGCUUCACACACAGACUCCACGAAUCAAACUUUUGAACUCCCAGGGAUUGCUUGAAUUUUUUCUCUAUUUUAAAGGAUUAUCGUAGUCGAUUCAAUUUCAGUGUGACGUGUGUGUUUAAAAUGCAGCAGUGAUUGUUCAGGAAUUUGUAUUUUGUCGUGUUGUUGUCUCACGGGGAGGAAAACUGUGAGAUUUGUUCAUGAAAGAUCAAUCGGUGCCUCCAGUUGGACUCCUCGGAAUCAGCGGAUUUUUUGUGUGCAGUGAUUUUAGUAGAUUUAAUGAAACCAUGCAAAGUUUUGCCUUCAUACUAUGAAUAUUUUCAGAGUUAAAGGCUGAAAUUUUGCACGUUGAAAUGGACUUUUUCCAUCAUUUCUGUGAAUCAAAACUUCAUCAGUACAGCAGAGAGACUCAUGAAACUUUCGGGCUGAACAACACAUUUAAAUUCUGCAGCUAAUCAGGUUUACAUUCAUCCAGGUGUCACAGGCUAAACACUAAAUGAUUAUAUUUUACCAAGCCACUUUGAGCAUCAGCAUUUUGGGAUGUAUCAUGGUUUCAUAGCAGAAAAAAGACACGUAAAACGUUCAAAACGUCACGCUAAAUGACAAAGACAAGACAUAAAAUAAAGAAAAACAAGGCACAAACUGCCUAAAUCUAGACGCAAACCAAGAAAAGGACACCAAACAAGAAAAUGAGAGGCACAAUCACACAAAGCAAGACAAGUUGGACACAAAACACCCAAAAAUUACGCAGAAAACAAGAAAAAACGAGACACAAAAUGACCACGACAAGAAACAACUGUCCCAAAGAUGCACAAAAUGACAAAAACAAGCACGAAAUAAGAAAAACGAGACGCAAAAUGAGCAAAUAAAUCAGUUUUACUUCCAUCCACGUCAGUCUAGACACUAAAUCAGAAAGAAAAAGAUCAAAUCUGUCAGUUGUGUUGAAAUCAAAAAUUUAUAUUUUUACUAAAAGUAGUGUUUGACUGCAAAAUGAUAGUUUUAUUGUAUUUAAAUCAGCUAAAAAAUAUAAUUUUACAGAUAUUUGCCAUUAUUUUCAGGUUUCUUUUUUUUUUUUUUUUACAUUUUUUUGUCCUCUUCCAGAUUUUCACUGUUAUUGUUUUAAUGUGAUUUUCUUUUAGUGAACAAAGUGUCCAGCCAGUGAUAUUUAUGCUCAAAAUUGGCACAAAAAGCAGAAUUAGGCUGUGUCCGAAAUGGCAUACUAACGUACUACAUACUACAUACUCAAUGAGUAUAUACUGUAUACUACGUACUAUAAGUAUGAUUAGAAUGCCGACCGUUCACACUGUAGUAUACUACUCCAUUUCCCAUAAUGCAUUUCAAACCUCCGACGACAAAAACCGGAAGUACGGCUAUCAAAUAUCUCGGCUGAAUGCCGGCUUCAGGUUGAUUUUACUAACAAACAGUCGCAUAAUUAAUGUGGCAAUUUCAAGCCGGCACUCCUCAUGCAGUUAUUAGCCAGAUUAUGCGAAUCGUUUCAGUUGUAGCUGCAGGCUACUGGAGGUAGCUGCUACUUGUUCUGUAUGCAAAGCGAGCUGCUGCAACUAGCUGCUAGCAUUCAGUAGCACGUUGUGAGGCGUCUGACAAAUUUAAAACAUUGGUCAGAAAACGCCUAUUUCUCAAAUCUGUGGGGUGAUUAGGAUGAUUACUUAACCACAUAAAAUAAAAUAAUAUAAAAAUUGCCCCGGUCCGGCCACAUAUUCCGUGGAGGCUUGCAUUUCGGUGGGUAGCUCGCAAAGCAUUAUGGGGCGGUUGAGUAUGACUAGUGUGGUCACCGCGCAUACUUAAAAAUUUUCCAGAAAUAGUAUACAUCCGGGUAUUUCUCGCGUACUCAAUCUAUUCAUACUAUCCAAUGUGAACGCACUACAUACUUAUUUUGACGUCACACUUAGUAUGAGUAGUACGUAAGUAUGCGAUUUUGGACACAGCCUUAGUCUUCAGAUUGUGAUGCCUGGAGUGGAUUUACAACUGAUUUGGUUGCGGUAUUUUAGCUACAAGCAAAUGCUCUGGAAAUCUAGUGUACUUCUAGACUCAAAAAUGAUUAAAAAGUCAUUAAAAAGCAUCACAUUUCUGACUACCUUUAUGAACUUUAAGGGUCUGUAAGUCUGAAAAUACUCACAGUUUGAAGGUAAAACUUUUCCAAGGCUUCAUUAAAUAUACUAGCACUGUUGUUGAUAAGAAACCAGCUGAUUCUAAAGGAACGUUUUUGAGAUUUGGUUGAUUUUUUUUUUUAGGAGGCUCUUGCGAGGAAAAACUGUCAGCUUGUUACAAGUAAAAGAAGCUGUUUUCCUGUUUUCUCUGGGGCGUAAAGUGGCUGAUUUCUGCAGACAUCCGCUGGAGUGAAGCUCAAACGGCGGGAAACAAAGCGCAGCCUGGAAAACAACAACACAGCGGGGGAGGAUUCGGACCAUGACGAGGAUUUUAAGUUCCGCCGACAGCUUCAGGAGGAAGAUGAGGAGGAGGAAGCUGAGCGGUGAGAGUGUUGUGGUUCAUGCAGGUACGAGUCGGCAUCGAUCAAAUGUCUUUCAGUCCAUUUUUUGGCCUUCCUUGUCCUCUAGUUAUCGAUGCGGCUACCCGGCUCUGACAGGAACUGAAGACUUUUCUAUCCUCGUGUGUCUUCUGACUCACUCAUUCAUUAAUCCUAAUAAAUUUGAAGCAUUAUUUUUAUUUAAAAAGGAAAGAGGGAUGCACACGAAGCAUCGUUGGAUCGCUAAAUUAUGAAAUAAGUUUGACUUUGACUGAUAAGCUUCCCUUCUUGUUACAGCAAGAACAGCACUUUAUUUUCUGUCAUCUUGACUAAGUUGUAGUUCUCUUCUCCUUCGUAAUGAUGAUGAUAAAAACAAGAAUAAACGAGCAGAACUGGAUUCCCUCGCCUCGUCAUCUUGCAUCGUGCCUGGUUUUUAUGUAGCAUCACAUGUUCACACAGUGGAGGUUUUAAAAUGUAAAAUCUGUGUUUUGGAUGUUUCCAGAGUCUUUGUUUGGGCACAUACCUCAAUAAAAACAUCUUUACUAAA